AUGACGUCUCAAGAAGGUGGCUCCUAUCUCCAGGGCUCCUGCUCGAUUUGCUUCGAGGACUUGCGACAAACCGACAAGAUAUCCGCCAUCGUCUGUGGUCACAUUUACCAUCACGGAUGUAUUUCACAGUGGAUGGCAGCCAAGAAACAAUGCCCGAGUUGUAGGCGGUCAGUGCCGAAAAAUGGGUUUGUGGAGAAGCUCUUUUUCGAUGUACAACGCAUGGGUGGAGAAGUGGAGAAGCCAGCAGAAAUAGAUUAUAGAGAAGAGCACUAUAAAAUAUCAACAACCCUGAAAGUGGAAAAAGAGAAGGCUGAAAAACUGGAUGCGGAGAAUAAAGUGUUGAAGAAUGAAGUCAAGUCACUGGAGAAAAAAGUUCUAAAAGAGAAGGACAAGUAUCGGAUGGAAGUUCCGCGAUUACAGGCGACAAUAAAUCAUUUGCAAAUUUCUUCCGAAGAGACUGAAGCGUUGAGACUAGCAGUGGCCGAUGCUAGAAGUAAAGUUAGAGCCUGUGAAUUUUAUAAAAUCCUCAUGACUCAUAGCGAUAACGCAGAAAAACAACUCGGCGAGUAUCUGCGAAAAGGUGGAAAUCUGGAUACGGAGAAGUUUUUUCAACUUCAGAAAGCACAAAUCAAAGAUCUAACCGAAAAGCGUCGAGAAGCGGCGAAAGAAAUUGAGAACUUGAGACUCGAGAACCAAUCGUUGAAACGGAAGGCUCAAGAGGAUGCGGUGACUAGACAGACACUCAAAAAAUCAGUUUUGGAGCUUCGAGAACGUGCCAACGUGGAGACUCCGAUCAAUAACAAGAGACUUCGAGAAGUUCUAGAAGAGGUGACACCAUUGGCUGCAAAGCGGAAAUCAUUGGGUUUUGAUGAUUCGAGUCAGCUGAUGGGUGAAGAGUUGUCGUUUUUCAAACAACAGCAACAAGAAAACCAAACACCACCUGCCCCAGCAGCUUCGAAACCCUCUACUUCCGCAAUGGCUCCAUUCAGUUUUGAUGACGACGAUGACGAUGACGAAUACUUCAGAACCCCAAAACUAACGGAGAGAAAGAAGAAAGUGAUUAUUCCAAAACUGAGCAAUGAUGACUCCUUCAAAUUUGACAUUCCUGUGCCCCCAAAUAUUAUAAAUCGCAUCCCACCGAAGCUUCCAACUAAGGUGCUACCUAAGGUUCCAAUUAAGGCUCCAGCUAAGGUAGUCAUCCCCCGAAAAGAUGAUAAACAAAGAAUAGAGCCUACAUUCUCUUCUUCUAAAACUGCUGAUGACUCCUUCGAAUUCGAUCUCCCUCUUCCUAGUUCUCUAACCACCAGGAUCUCAACAAAAUCAAUUGGAAACAACAACUCGUCUAGUCAAAAAUCUACUAAUGUGCCAACAAAACCCCCUCCAACACUGAAACGCCACCAAAGUUUCGAUAUUCUGAUGGAUCUUCCACCUAAACGAGUGCCAGCGCCUCCCGUAAAGACGUCUCGGAUUUCUAGUUUCUUUAAAAGAACAACGUCUUCUGGAGCAACUGGUUCCGAAGGAUCGAAAAAGGAAUAUGUCACUAUUGAUUGA